CGGUUUUUGUUCUUUGGUUCUAUUUUCAAAUAGUAUUUGGGAGAACAGGUUCUGCGAAUGGAACGAAAAGCUUGAACUUGAUAAACCCUAUCUUAUCCCCCAUUUCUGGAACAACCACCCGUGGUCGCGCCAUGGGAAUCCUCGCUUUGCCCUUAGUCAUCUCCCUUCUCAAACCCCACGCCACCACUCGCCUCUGCCUCUCUCACUCCCUCCUCCGCCGCCGCCACUUCGCCACCACCGUCUCCGCCACCACCACUCCCCAUUCCCCUCCUCCACCUCCACCUUCACCUUCGCUCUCACGCCACUCGUCUGCUUCAACUCAGUCCGACAAUCGUUCCGCUAACCCCCCAACCCUCACCUUCCAGCAAGCCAUUCAGCGCCUUCAGGAAUACUGGGCUUCUGUUGGAUGCUCCAUAAUGCAAUGUAGCAACACAGAGGUUGGAGCUGGGACUAUGAAUCCUCUUACAUAUUUAAGGGUUCUUGGCCCUGAACCAUGGAAUGUCGCGUAUGUGGAACCUAGCAUCCGCCCUGAUGAUAGUCGAUAUGGAGAAAACCCAAAUAGGCUCCAAAGACAUACUCAAUUUCAGGUGAUAUUGAAGCCUGAUCCUGGAAAUUCUCAGGAUCUAUUUAUCCGCAGCCUCACUGCUUUAGGUAUCGAUGUUACUGCACAUGAUAUACGAUUUGUGGAAGAUAACUGGGAGAGUCCGGUUCUUGGUGCUUGGGGUUUGGGCUGGGAAAUUUGGAUGGAUGGUAUGGAGAUUACACAAUUCACCUACUUUCAGCAGGCUGGAAGUCUCCAGUUAUCACCUGUAUCUGUGGAAAUUACUUAUGGCCUUGAGCGUAUCCUUAUGUUACUGCAAGGGGUUGAUCACUUCAAGAAGAUAAAGUAUUCUGAUGGAAUUACAUAUGGAGAGUUGUUCUUGGAGAAUGAGAAGGAAAUGAGUGCAUACUACUUGGAGCAUGCUAGUGUUGAUCACGUUCAAAAACAUUUUGAUUUCUUUGAGGAGGAAGCUCGUACCUUACUUUCUUCUGGCUUUGCAAUCCCUGCGUAUGAUCAGCUUCUGAAAACAUCUCAUGCUUUUAAUAUCCUAGACUCCAGAGGCUUUGUUGGAGUAACAGAGCGUGCUCGCUAUUUUGGCCGCAUGCGUAGUUUGGCUCGCCAAUGUGCUCAACUUUGGCUGAAGACAAGAGAGAUGCUUGGCUUUCCCCUUGGUUUUAUCUCUGAACCUGAUCAUUUUGUAUUGCCAAAAGGAGUUUUGGAAGCUGCAUGUGGGAAGGUUAGUUUGCAUGUGCAUGAUCAUUCCAGAGUAUUUGUUCUUGAAAUUGGGACUGAAGAGAUACCACCUCAAGAUGUUGUUGAUGCCAGUAAUCAACUGAAAGAUUUAAUGCUGCAACUGCUUGAACGGCAAAGGUUAAACCAUGGUGAAGUGCAAGCAUUUGCCACUCCACGUAGAUUAGUGGUUGCUGUUGAAAAUCUUUACACAAAACAGGCUGAAAAGGAGGUUGAAGUUCGAGGUCCUCCUGUUUCAAAAGCAUUUGAUCAUGAAGGAAAUCCAACAAAGGCCAUUGAGGGUUUUUGUCGUAGAUACUCUGUACCACUGGACCUAGUAUACAGAAAGGUCGAUGGAAAAACAGAAUAUGUUUAUGCACGUGUAAAGGAGUCUUCAAGAUAUGCUUUGGAGGUCUUGUCUGAAGAUUUGCCUGCUGCUAUUGCUAAAAUUUCAUUUCCAAAGACAAUGCGUUGGAAUUCUCAGGUGAUGUUUAGCAGGCCUAUCCGUUGGAUUUUAGCUCUUCAUGGAGAUGUAGUUGUCCCAUUUACGUUUGCUGGGGUGACAAGCGGAAACAUGUCUUGUGGUCUUCGUAAUACUUCUUCAGCUGUUGUCCAGGUGGAAAAGGCAGAAUCUUAUUCAGUUGCAAUUAACAAUGCAGGAAUCAAAGUUUCAGUUGAGGACCGUAAGAAAAUUAUUUUUGAGCAAUCUAAUGCAUUAGCAAAAGGUGUAAAUGGCCAAAUUCUUAUUCCAAAAGGUUUGCUUGACGAGGUUGUAAAUCUUGUUGAGGCUCCUUUUCCCGUGCUUGGAAAGUUUAAAGAAACCUUCUUAGAUCUUCCAAAAGAUCUUUUAACAAUGGUUAUGCAAAAGCAUCAAAAGUAUUUUGCUGUAUGUGAUGCAAAUGGACAAUUAUUGCCUUAUUUCGUUGCUGUUGCAAAUGGAGUAAUUGAUGAGACUACUGUGAGGAAAGGAAAUGAAGCUGUGCUCAGAGCUCGCUAUGAAGAUGCAAAGUUCUUUUAUGAGAUGGACACUCGUAAGAGGUUUACAGAGUUCCGAAAGCAACUGAAAAACAUUCUAUUUCAUGAGAAGCUUGGGACCAUGCUUGAUAAGAUGACUCGUGUUGAAAACAUGGUUGCUGAACUAAGUUGCAUCCUAGACAUCAGUGAAGAUGUGCAAGAUAUUAUCCGUGAUGCUGCCUCUCUUGCAAUGUCUGAUCUUUCCACUGCAGUUGUCACUGAAUUUACCUCACUUUCGGGAAUUAUGGGGCGUCACUAUGCCCUUAGAGAUGGAUACUCGGAGCAGAUUGCAGAGGCCUUGUUUGAGAUCACACUUCCUAGAUUUUCUGGGGACACGCUUCCUGAAAGUGAUGCUGGCAUAGUUUUGGCAAUUGCUGAUAGAUUAGAUAGCCUGGUAGGUUUAUUUUCUGCUGGUUGUCAACCUAGUUCCACAAAUGAUCCAUUUGGUCUGCGAAGAAUUUCAUAUGGUCUUGUGCAACUAUUGGUGGAAAAGAAUAAAAAUCUAGAUUUUAAAAAGGCCCUGGAACUUGCUGCAGAAGUCCAGCCCAUUAAAGUAGAUCCUCAUGUAAUCGAUGAUGUACUUCAAUUUGUUACACGAAGGUUGGAGCAAUUUCUGGUUGACAAGGGGGUGAAUGCAGAGUUUGUGCGGUCAAUCCUUGUUGAAAGAGCAAAUUUUCCCUGUCUUGCAGCAAAAUCAGCAUAUAAAAUGGAAAAAUUAUCAAGAGGGAACCUUUUUCCUAAAGUUGUUGAAGCAUACUCUCGACCAACUAGAAUUGUCCGUGGGAAGGAAGAUGAACUUCAUACGGAGGUGGAUGAGGCUGCUUUUGUGACAAAUGAAGAGAGAGUUUUAUGGAACACGUUUUUGUCUGUUAAAAAGACUAUCCAUCCUGGUCUUGACAUAGAUGAUUUUGUAGAAACUUCAUGUCAGUUGAUACAGCCACUUGAGGAUUUCUUUAACAAUGUCUUUGUAAUGGUGGACGAUGACAAGAUCAGAGUAAACAGGUUAACUUUGCUAAAAGGAAUUGCUGAUCUUCCUAAAGGAAUAGCAGAUCUCACUAUCCUACCUGGAUUUUAAGGAUUCGUAAGAAGAUUAUUUCUUUCUCUUAGAAGACCAUAUUAUUUUUUGAGGCUCCAAAAGUUCUUGAGCAAUUAUUUAUUUAUUUUUCACCCUCUUGCUUUUUCUGGUCGAAUUUUUCCAUCCUGCUUUAAGAGUUUCUUUCAAUCCAUGAGUCUGUAAAUUUCUGUGACUGAUUUGUAAUAUUCUUCUUCAUAGAUGAAAUAAAAGACAAUGUACUUUUUUUAAUCUUCGAAUGUAUCUUUUUAAUUGUGCAUUAUUUGUGUUUAUUACUUUUUAUUUGUACUAAAACAAAUACGCAGGGCAGGUAUUCACAUUAAAUUAAUAUAAGAAGUGUGAAUGUAAGAUAAAA